GUCACCGAAGGCAUUCGAGCUGCAAUACAGAAAUCAGACGAUAAGUACCACCACCGCAGACGUCAGUCGACGACUACGGUAUUCUCGACGGAAAAGGAACCAGCCGAGGCUGAGUAUGAAGUCCAUAUCUUCACGGGCAAUGUAUUUAACGCGUCUACCAGAGCUAAUGUGGGGAUUUCCCUUUUUGGAACCGGCGCGAAUG